AAAAAUGGGUGAUCUUACCACCUCAAACAGACUAUUGGACAUGUUGCUAAUUAAAAAAUGGGUGAUUUCACCACCUCCAUUCCUUAGGGAGUAAGGACCAUACGUCCAAAAGGCCAUAUUGUUUAUCCAUCGCACAUGGAACUUCGUCUAUGCUUGCGUCGGGUAUAGAGUAUAUUGUGUAACCUCUCGUCCGGUGCCACGUAUAAGAAGCCACCUGAAGCUUCUCGAAAGGCAAUCUAGACUUUAUUUCAAUUUUUUCAUUCAACUUUUUCGGAAGCUGUCCGUAACGUAGCUUCUGGUUGUUUAUUCUUUUGUCGCUUUUUUCUUUUUAUAUUUUUCCCUUAUCACCAUUUCCUCCUUUCCUGAACUUUCUAACUCUUUCCAUCUCAUCUGUAAGAAACACAGUUCACCCCCCCCCCCCCCCCCUAAAAAAAAAAACCCAACACCUCUAUGUGUCGUCGGAACCUUCUAGAAUAACCAAAAAUCCCAACGGACGUCUUUCCUGCAACUCUCCUGCCUCCCUGCAAUUUUGGCUCCAGAUCUGCUGCAAGUAGCAUCUUCACUCAAUUAAGGUGAGAAACGAUGACUCCGCCGAUAGAGCGGAACGGCGGGGAAACAGCGGCCGGUGAAACGGCGAGGUCUGUCCCGACGCCGUUUUUGACAAAGACGUAUCAGCUCGUCGAGGAUCCUUCCAUGGACGACGUAGUCUCUUGGAACGAAGACGGAUCUACCUUUAUCGUAUGGAAUCCGACGGACUUUGCUAGAGAUUUGCUUCCUAAAUAUUUUAAGCAUAACAAUUUCUCUAGCUUCGUGCGGCAGCUCAACACCUAUGGAUUCCGGAAAGUUGUACCUGAUCGAUGGGAAUUCUCAAACGACUGCUUUCGGAGAGGUGAAAAAAGUCUGUUACGCGAUAUCCAGCGUCGGAAAGUAGUGACGCCGAUUGCAACUCCUUGCGCAGCUGCAACUGCGGUCGUGACUGUGGCUGCUCCGCCUGCUCAGCCACUGUGGACUGCAAUAUCUUCGUCGGAUUCCGGUGAAGAGCAAGUUGUAUCUUCAAAUUCAUCUACCGGUGGCACAACGGAGCUGCUGGGAGAAAACGAACGGUUAAGGAAGGAGAAUCUACAGCUCAACAAAGAGUUGAGCCAAAUGAGGAGCCUCUGUGGCAAUAUAUACUCUUUGAUGUCGAAUUACGCAGACCCUUCCACCAGCGGUAAUCAGUCGGCGGAGAGUAUUUCACCGGCGGUAAAGCCACUUGACCUCUUACCGAGGAAACGGUCUGUUGGUGAAUCGGAUAUUAAUAAGGCCGUGGGCGAUUGCGGGAAGCGGGCUGAACCCGAGGAUAUUCGGGCGAGAUUAUUCGGUUUCUCUAUAGGUAUGAAACGUGUGAGGGAAAGCGAUGAAGCAAGGGCGGAGCAUGAUCAGGAAUUACGCCUGCAGCAGCCUGGGAACGGCGUGAAAUCAGAACCGUUAGAUCAGGAAAAUGGCGGUGAAAACGAAGAGAGAUCGUGGCUGAUACAUUGCAGUGGACGAAAUCAAAGGGUGUGUAAUGAUAGUGAGGUUGGUGUGAGCAACUUUAGAUUAGAUUAGACGUUAGAGAUUAGACGAUCUUAAACUAAAAGAGCUCUAGAUUAAACAGGUGUUAAUUGUGAAAUGUGACUGCAUAUGUACGAGGAAGUGCACGUGCUAAAUCACGUGAUGCCAUGUGAGGACUAUCUUCAAGAAGCUUCGUUGAGGACCUUUUGAUGUCUUUCGCUCUUCACCGUCAUUUUCGUUGUUGACAAUUUUUUGAGAAGGUUCUCUGAAAAAAUUCUUUAUAAAAAAAUUGUAAACAGGAAAGUACGCUUAUGUGCUUGAUCCUCUUGUUAUUUUUUGAGUGCAAGGAAAAAUGUUGCUCAAAAUACUUGCAGAUACUACUUUUUGACGAAAUGAAUUACAACCUACUUCAGAAUAAAUCUGUUUGUUCCUAUUU